AUGGGGGGCGCGAUGUGCUGCGCGGCAGCCGCGGGUGAACCGAUCCCAGAGCCCUCGCGAUGGCGCGACGCGACGCCGGUCUGCGCGGAGGAGACCGAGCCCAUGAUGUACCCCUGCGGCUACGCGGACAUCGACGUGGAUUGCGGGCGGGGGGGCAAUCAGCGGGAGCGCACGGGCGACAGCUUUGGUGUGUGGCACUUGUGUUGCUGCCUCUUGCUGGCCGGGACGUUAGUCACGAUCGUGUGGCUGCUGUAUUUUCAGGGCGCGGGCUGGUCUCCCUCUCUGGUGCUCGAGCCCAGGACGACAGAGCAGCCUUAG